UCUCUCUCUCUCUCUCUCUCUCUCUCUCUCUCUAUCUCUGUCUGUCGAUCUAUAAAGGACUGUGUGGGGAGGCGUACCAGCCCUCUUAUCGGCGACCGUUGAUCCUUUCGCCAUGACCGCCACCGAUCUGAGCGUCGACCGCUGUGACACCGAGCUCAGCCUCAGCCUGAGCCUGAGCCCCGGUGGCGUGUAUCAUCACGGCUCCGACGUAUCUGCCGGUUCCAGCAGGAGCGCGGAGGAGAAGGCAGCAGCGCAGCAGCCGAUCACCAUAUUCUACAACGGCCAGAUGUGCGUCUGCGACGUCACGGAGGUUCAGGCGAGGGCGAUCAUAAGCGCGGCCGAGCGAGAGACGGAGGACGCCGAGGCGAAGAAGCAGAGCGAUCGGAGACCCGACUCCUCCUCCCCCCUCCCUCCUCCACCUGCACCGGCGCCGCCGCGGGUGCUGAACCGAAGCCUGUCGAUGAAGCGGUCGCUGCAGAGGUUUCUGCAGAACAGGAAGACGAGGGCGGUCGACUCCUCCCCCCCUUACGACGGUGCAGCAGUCUAGACUUCGUCUCAAGGAAGCGUACGGUGUUCGCCGGUCAGCGACGGCCAACUCUCGAGCAUCAAAGGAACCAAUUGGAAUGGAUCCUACAAAUCCCAUGUAGUUCGAUUGUGAUGAUACGACUGUAAUAUAUGCAACGAACACACUGUAGAUUAUGGAUGAAAUCGACUCUUAAAUCGAUUGAAGUCCUUUCAAUCCGAGCUCGAUUCGAGCCCGAUCCAAUUAAAUCGACACAUCCGGUUCGAUCGGGUUCGGGUCGGUUAAAUAGGCCCGAUCUAAUUAUAACCGUUGGAUCCGAAUCAGGCACGUAUGAGAUACACGGGUGUGUCUUUGGGGGUUUUGGAGCGUGCGGCCUUCGACUGAAGCCGAUAAGGCGUUCGUUCCCUCUUCUCCCACUCGGCGCCUCUGUCCCUCUCGCCCGCUCGUUGGCGAGCAUUAAUGGAAGCAAUCGGGUCUCGUUCUUUGCUCUCGUUCUCGUGUAAUCUUUGCAAAACAAAGGUACUUGUGAUUGGGAGUUUUCGUCCUCUGGAUGUCAAGACCAAAAGAAGUUUUGAGAUAGUUUGUCAUGCCAUGUUGACACCGAGAAAGUUCAUGCAGAGGAGGAAGAAGGUGGAAAUUUUUAAGGAUGCCGCUGAUGAAGCUGAGCAGAAAAAUUGGAGGAAGUUGAUGAAGGAGAUAGAAGAAUUAGGUUCAGCUGUGCCGAUAUUGAAAACCCAGAGGGCUAAAAUGGAUGCACUUCCUAGAGAUCUUGUUCUCGGUACCCUUGUAAGAUUUAAGCAGCUAAAGAAAUGGGGCCUUGUCAGUGAGAUUCUAGAAUGGCUUAGAAGUCAACACUGGUGGGAUUUCAGUGAGAUGGAUUUUUUGAUGCUUAUUACGGCUUAUGGGAAGCUAGGAGAUUUCAACAGAGCAGAGAGAGUUCUAAAGUAUAUGAACAAGAAAGGUUACUCUCCUAGUGUGAUUUCUCAUACUGCCUUGAUGGAAGCAUAUGGGAGAGCUCGUCAGUUCAGCAAAGCCGAAGCAAUAUUCCGUCGGAUGCAGUCAGCAGGCCCUGAUCCAUCACCAGUGACAUAUCAAAUAAUUCUUAAAACUUUUGUUGAGGGUGACAUGUUUAAGGAAGCUGAAUCUGUUUUUGAAAGCCUUUUAAAUGAAGAAAGAUCUUCUUUUAAGCCAGACCAAAAAAUGUUCCAUAUGAUGAUUUACAUGUAUAAGAAAGCUGGGAAUUAUGACCAAGCCCGUAGGACAUUUGCACUGAUGGAUGAGAGAAGAAUCCCCCAAUCUACUGUGACAUAUAAUAGCCUGAUGUCAUUCGAAACAGAUUACAAGGAGGUCUCAAGAAUCUAUGACAAGAUGCAAAGAGCUGGAGUCAAACCAGAUGUCGUUAGCUAUGCAUUGCUUAUCAGUGCUUAUGGAAAGGCCAGAAGAGAACAAGAAGCAUUGGCCGUUUUCGAGGAAAUGCUUGAUGCUGGUGUCAGGCCAACACGGAAAGCAUAUAACAUCUUGCUUGAUGCGUUCGCAAUCUCUGGAAUGGUAGAUGAAGCUCGGACAGUGUUCAAGAGUAUGAGAAGAGACAAGUAUGAACCUGACUUAUGUUCCUAUUCAACAAUGCUAUCUGCUUAUGUCAAUGCAUCUGAUAUGGAUGGAGCUGAGAAGUUUUUCCGUCGUAUUAAGGAAGAUGGUUUGAAACCCAACGUUGUUGUCUAUGGGACACUGAUGAAAGGUUAUGCAAAAUUGAAUAAUCUUGAGAAAGUAAUGCGUGUAUAUGAGAGAAUGCAUUUGCAAGGUGUUGAAGCCAAUCAAACCAUCUAUACAACAAUCAUGGAUGCCCACGGCAAAAACUCUGAUUUCGGAAGCUCUGUAAUCUGGUUUAAAGAGAUGAGUGCCCAUGGACUCCCACCUGAUCAGAAGGCAAAAAACAUCCUUCUAUCUUUGGUCAAGACACCAGAGGAACAGAAGGAAGCCAACGAGCUGGUGGGAAAUCCUUCUGUUAGUUUACAUGAUUCACCAAAGGACAGUCAGAUCACUGAGUUUGUCGGUGAUGAUGAGCAUGGAGAGCAGCUGAAGAGUGCAAAAACAACCAAUUCUGGAAGAGACCUAGCUGCUUUUGGUCACUUGGUAGUAAAUGCAAGCAAGUUUACUGAUCUUGGCAAUGAUGAUGACAAUGAUUAUGAUGAUGAUAAUGUCGAGGAGGACGAGGAAGAGAAGGAAGAGGAGCAUACUGAUUUCAUUAUGAGUUCUAGCGUACGACUUUGAAGUAAGAAUCACACAUUAUUCGUGGACUACCUUUCUUCAAGGCUUCUACAUCCGUGAUCAAACUUUUCUUCGGUAUUUAGGUUCCAGUGAUUGUAAUUGCAUAGGGGUUAUGUCACCGUAAGCAUCCUGGAGACCCUUCUCGAUGCAUCGAGCUCCAUGUGACAAUAAGCAAGCAUCAUGAAUAUGUUAUCUCAUCUCAAGCAUUCAUUGAUGUCAAAAUGUAAGCUGUUUAUUCUUUGUCUAUGUGCAAUGAAACUUCUACAGGGA